GAAUAUUAGAUUAGAAGAAGUGAUACCGACUGGCAAUCCUGAACAAAACAUCAAACUUAGCGUGGUUGAAGCUGAGGGAAGGAUGACAGAAUCUGAGAAGUCAAACGACCUCCGACAAACCCUUCAGCCCUUCUACGAUAGAGCCUCUCAAGCUGAGGAACGGUUAUCAAGGCUCGAAGCUGCCCUUGCAAAUAAGAAAGAUGCAGGAAAUGGGGAACUUUUAAAAACUAUAAGUGAGCUCCAGUCAAAGCUAGAAGAGACAAAUGCAGAGUUAGUUUCAGAAAGGAAAAAGGCCGAGAAGCUUGCAGUAGAAAAUGAAAAGCUGAAUUAUCGUGUAAAACAUCUCAUCAGAGCACUGGAGGCAGCUGAUCUCAACUCCAAGAUAGCAUGAGGUUUGUAUCAACCAUCUUAAAGGGAACUUCCGAAAAACAUUGCGCCCUAAAAAUUUUACCUGUUCGCUUGCUAGACAGUUGACACAGUUUCUGAAGUGCUGUGCUUCUUUCCAAAAUGUUAAGAAACAUCUCUGUGGAGUUUUCAUUUUGUUGAUGAAGUUAUAUAUUCAAUGAGUUUCUGCUUUGUAAAAUCAUUUGCCUUCCUACGGUUUGGGAAAUACAAUUUACCCCUAAUUGUUUCAGAAAUUUGCAAUUAACACUUUAAAUUAA